AAGGUGUUUACAUGAGUCGCUUUUAGAAUACUCCUGUCAUGUUCCCGUUUUACAUGUUAUAUAACAUAAUUAGAUUAACAGCCCGCGUCAUUACGUCACCGCGCCACGCCGUCCGACAUCCCUCCAGAAUUUCACGUAUCAACAUACAGUUCGUCUUCGUUAUGGUACCGUAUACAGUUUUGGGUGUUUUUAUUUAUUUUUUUUACGAACGCUUUAAGUGCAGUUAAUUAUUUGUCAUGCUGUACGUGCUAAUAGACAACUGCUUGAAGCGGUGGGUGUGUCCCAAAUCGCGUAGUUACCGUCUAUAUAGUAGCCGAGAUACAUGUACUUUUCCCCACUACAGGCCUAUAGUAGGAAUGUAUGCGAAUUGGGACACAGCCGAACUCUCUUGUUCGCCGUAAAACGUAAAACUGCCGUAUGUGAUCGUGUUCUGUCGCAAAAUGCGGUGAAAACUCUCACGACGUUCAUAAUGUGAUUAAGGUGUUUACAUGUCACUACUACACGUCCAUAAUGCGACUAAAACAGGAGUACUCCACCUGUUUUAAUUAGAUUAUUGCUUACUUAGAUUAUGACCUUAAUUAGAUUAAGAUGGGAGUAAAAUCCACAGGACAAUCAGGAUGAAAAGAUGGCGACCAUACUGCUACCAGUGGGUUCGGAUGGCUUGCGCCCAUUCACUCUCGAGUCCCUUUUGGGCAUUGAGCACAGGAUUGCAGAAGAGCAAGCCAAGAACUCCAAGGAUUCCCCAGAGUCCUGUGCGAAAGCAGAGCAUCCCAAAGCCCAAGCAGACCUGGAAGCUGGGAAGGUGCUUCCUCGAAUCUUUGGUGAUAUUCCUGCAGGUCUGGUAGGAGUCCCACUGGAAGACAUUGACCCUUUUUACUUCAACAAUCAAAAGACCUUUAUUGUGCUAAAUAAGGGGAAGGCCAUCUUCCGCUUCAAUGCCACAUCGGCCCUGUACAUAUUUAGCCCAUUUCACAUCAUCAGAAGAAUCGCCAUAAGGAUACUAGUCCAUUCAUUGUUUAGUUUGUUCAUUAUGUGCACAAUUUUGACCAACUGUUUCUUUAUGGCCAUGUCGGACCCUGCGCAAUGGACCAAGUAUCUGGAAUAUACAUUCACUGGCAUUUAUACGUUUGAGUCAUUCAUUAAGAUCUUGGCAAGAGGAUUCUGUAUUGGACCUUUCACGUUCCUCAGAGACCCAUGGAACUGGUUGGACUUCAGUGUCAUUGUUAUGGCAUAUGUGACAGAGUUUGUGGAUCUUGGCAAUGUCUCAGCAUUACGAACAUUCAGAGUCCUGCGAGCCCUAAAAACCAUAUCCGUCAUCCCAGGUCUGAAGACCAUUGUGGGAGCUCUGAUCCAGUCGGUAAGGAAGCUAGCAGACGUGAUGAUCCUGACUGUCUUCUGCCUUAGUGUCUUUGCUCUGAUUGGUCUCCAGCUCUUCAUGGGUGUCCUACGGCAGAAAUGUGUUCGCAGCACCGCUCACUGUGUAAACUCCACAUACCCAGGAAAUGGAAGCUUUUUCUGUAACAACAAGACCUGGCACUCCAUAAAGGACUUCAUUAGCAGUGAAGAAAACUUCUACAAAAUUGAAGGAGCCAAGGAUGCCUUAAUAUGUGGAUAUAGCAGUGAUGCUGGAAAGUGCCCUGAUGGGUUUGAGUGUUUGAAGAUGGGGAGAAACCCAAACUAUGGCUACACGAGUUUUGACAGUUUUGGCUGGGCCUUCCUAGCGCUCUUUAGACUAAUGACACAAGACUACUGGGAAAACCUCUACCACCAGACUCUACGUUCAGCUGGUAAGACCUACAUGAUCUUUUUCGUGCUGGUGAUCUUCCUGGGCUCGUUCUAUCUGGUAAACCUGAUUCUGGCUGUAGUGGCCAUGGCAUAUGAGGAACAGAACCAGGCCACCAUUGCUGAGGCCUGGCAAAAAGAGAGAGAGUUCCAGCUGGCCAUGGACCAGCUUCGCAGAGACCCGAUGGCAUUAGGAAAGCGAAGCAAGGAAGCCGAACUGAGUCCAUUUCAAGAGAUGUCUCCAUCACCAUUUAGUUGCACUGAGUCCAGAGAGCAUAGAUCCAGAUCCUACAGAACCGUGUCAGAGGAAGCAGAAGAUGAUCCUCCUGAUGAGAAGUUUGUGCACUCACUCCUAGCCACGCUCUCCUCCCAUCCUUUGAGCACACGGAGGGGCAGCAAUAGCAGUGUGUUCACUUUCCAUCUGCGCAAAAACUCUGAGGCUGAUGAUCAAACCAGUGUCCUCUAUGAGGGACGGAGUCGGGCAGGAUCCACAGUGAUACCAUGGCACAAGCGCCGCACAAGCAGCAUUAGGAGCCACUGUUCCCAGGCUGUUAAACCCAGCUUUGCCAUCAAUGGCCGGCUUGAACUUUUGCCGGACCAGAAUACAAUUGGUGGCAUCAGCCCACACACACCUACCUUAUUUCCUGCACACAGCAUGGAAAAGGUCAAAGAGGAGCUGGCAUGUUUAGAAGACCAUGCUUAUGAAGUCAGCAAAUCCAUGCAGCAAGGGAAGAUAGAAGCUCUGUCUCCCUGCAUGAAGCGAGAACUCAGCUCAGUCAGUUUCUUCAGUGAUGCAUUGGAUGAGUUUGAAGAGACACAUCAGAAGUGUCCUCCUUGCUGGUACGUGUUUGCUAAAAAGUAUCUGAUAUGGACGUGCUCUCCAGCAUGGCUUGGUCUGAAGGAGUUAGUAAAGGUCAUGGUGAUGGAUCCUUUCCUGGACCUGGCCAUCACUAUCUGCAUUGUGCUCAACACGCUCUUUAUGGCUCUGGAGCAUUACCCCAUGACUGAGGAAUUUAAUGGCAUGCUGAGUGUGGGGAACCUGGUGUUCACUGGGAUCUUCACAGCUGAGAUGGCAAUGAAGCUCAUUGCACUGGACCCAUACUACUACUUCCAGCAAGGCUGGAACAUCUUUGAUGGGAUUAUUGUUUGCUUGAGUUUGAUGGAACUUGGUCUGUCCAAUGUUGAGGGAUUAUCAGUGCUCCGUUCAUUCAGACUGCUGAGAGUCUUCAAACUGGCCAAGUCAUGGCCAACACUCAAUACCCUGAUAAAAAUCAUCGGCAACUCUGUGGGUGCCCUGGGCAAUUUGACCCUCGUCCUGGCCAUCAUCGUCUUCAUCUUUGCUGUGGUUGGCAUGCAGCUGUUUGGGAAGAACUACCAGGACUGCGUGUGUAAGAUUAGCACGGACUGUACUCUGCCACGCUGGCACAUGAAGGACUUCUUCCACUCGUUUCUGAUUGUGUUCCGUGUGCUGUGCGGUGAAUGGAUCGAGACGAUGUGGGACUGCAUGGAGGUGGCUGGCCAGCCACUGUGCAUCCUCGUCUUCAUGCUGGUUAUGGUCAUUGGAAACCUGGUGGUUCUGAACCUCUUCCUGGCUCUGUUGCUGAGCUCCUUCAGCUCUGAUAACCUGUCUGCUCCAGAGGAGGAUGGUGAGAUGAACAACCUACAAAUAGCCAUUGCACGCAUAUAUUCUGGCCUCAGCUGGAUCCUGGGAGUCAUCAAGGAUUUCUUCAACGGCAACCUGGCCACACACUGGCACACGAAUAAGCAAGCCCAGGCAACCGGGAAGGGUCAUGGCACCAACCAUGUUGAAUGCAAUGGGACUGUUGGGAGAAUCAGCAGUUAUGCAGAGAAACAUGUCACUUCAGAAAGGGAGGACAGCUACAUGACCAAUCCCAGCUUGAACAUAUGUGUUCCAAUAGCACCUGGAGAAUCAGACAUGGAGUUUCCUGAGGAAGAGGAAGAUGGCACAGAGACAUCAGAAGAUGAAGUAAACAAUCCAGAAGUGAUCAGCCUGUCAGAAGGAAGUACUGUGGAUCUGAGGAAUCCAGAAGGAGAAGAUGAGGACAUCCAGCUAGCUGGUGACACCAUGGAGCCAGAAGAGUGUCUCCCUGAGUUCUGUAUGCGUCGCUGUGAAUGGUGCGACAUCAACACGAACCGGGGUCUAGGCCUGGUCUGGUGGAGGCUGAGGAAGACCUGCUACCAAAUUGUGGAGCACAGCUGGUUUGAAACCUUCAUCAUCUUUAUGAUACUCCUCAGCAGCGGAGCUCUGGCGUUUGAAGACAUAUAUAUUGAACAGAAGAAGGUGGUGAAAGUGGUGCUAGAAUACGCGGACAAGGUCUUCACCUACGUCUUUGUGUUGGAGAUGCUUCUGAAAUGGAUUGCAUAUGGUUUUAAGAAGUACUUCACAAACUACUGGUGCUGGCUAGAUUUCCUGAUAGUGGAUGUAUCGCUAAUUAGCUUGGUGGCUAAUUCUCUGGGCUACUCAGACUUUGGAGCUAUUAAAUCCCUGCGGACCCUGAGAGCCCUUAGACCACUCAGAGCCCUGUCCAGAUUUGAAGGAAUGCGGGUGGUGGUGAAUGCACUAAUUGGUGCCAUCCCCUCCAUCAUGAACGUGCUGCUGGUAUGUCUGAUCUUCUGGCUUAUCUUCAGCAUCAUGGGUGUCAAUCUCUUUGCUGGGAAAUUUGGAAAGUGUGUCAACAGGACAGGCUACAUCCAUAACGCCUCAAUUGUGAACAAUAAAUCAGAUUGCCUGGCCAUGAACAACACUCAGUUCUACUGGACCAGGGUGAAGGUUAACUUCGACAAUGUAGGGUUGGGCUACCUCUCACUUUUACAAGUCGCAACUUUCAAAGGCUGGAUGGAGAUCAUGUAUGCAGCAGUGGAUUCACGCGGGGUAGAAGAGCAGCCCAUUCAGGAGAUUAACCUGUACAUGUACCUUUACUUUGUCAUCUUCAUCAUCUUCGGCUCAUUCUUCACUCUAAAUUUAUUUAUUGGUGUAAUUAUCGACAACUUCAAUCAGCAGAAGAGAAAGAUAGGUGGACAUGACAUCUUUAUGACUGAAGAACAGAAAAAGUAUUAUAAUGCGAUGAAAAAGCUGGGAUCAAAAAAGCCACAGAAGCCCAUACCAAGGCCAACGAAUAUUCUGCAAGGUUUCUUCUUUGAUUUGGUCUCCAAACAAGCAUUUGACAUCACAAUCAUGAUGCUGAUCAUCUUGAACAUGAUCACCAUGAUGCUAGAGACGGACGAGCAGUCUCCUCGCAUGGAGUCCAUUCUCAACAACAUCAACCUGGCUUUCAUCGUCAUCUUUUCCACGGAAUGCCUCAUUAAGAUCUUUGCUCUCCGCUGCUACUUCUUCACCAUCAGCUGGAACAUCUUCGACUUUGUAGUGGUCAUCCUUUCUAUUGUUGGAAUUGUCCUGGCCGAUAUCAUCGAGAAAUACUUCGUGUCUCCAACCUUAUUUCGGGUGAUCAGGCUUGCCAGAAUUGGACGGGUCCUCAGGCUCAUACGAGCAGCCAAAGGAAUAAGGACGUUACUCUUUGCCUUAAUGAUGUCACUGCCAGCCCUCUUUAACAUUGGCCUUCUGCUGUUCCUUGUCAUGUUUAUUUAUGCCGUUUUUGGGAUGGCCAACUUUGCCUAUGUGAAGAAGCAUGGUGGGAUCGAUGACAUGUUUAACUUUGAAACCUUUGGAAACAGUAUUAUAUGCCUGUUCCAGAUCACCACCUCUGCUGGCUGGGACAACUUGCUGGAUCCUAUUCUAAGCAACUCGCCAGAGGAAUGUAACCCACACAUCGUCAACACAGGUACUAAUACAAAGGGCAAUUGUGGAAACCCCUCAGUGGGAAUUACCUUUUUUGUUAGCUACAUCAUCAUCUCCUUCCUCAUUGUUGUUAACAUGUACAUUGCCAUCAUCUUGGAGAACUUCAGUGUAGCCACAGAGGAGAGCACCGAGCCUCUUAGUGAGGAUGACUUUGAGAUGUUCUACGAGGUAUGGGAGAAGUUUGAUGUGGAAGCAACGCAUUUCAUUGAGUACUCGAAGCUUUCCAGUUUUGCAGAUACACUUUCAGAGCCCCUGCGAAUUGCCAAACCCAACAAGCUCAAGCUGAUUUCAAUGGAUCUACCCAUGGUAAGUGGAGACAAGAUCCACUGCCUGGACAUCCUUUUCGCCUUCACCAAACGUGUACUGGGUGAGUCGGGUGAGAUGGAUGCCCUCAAGCAGCAGAUGGAGGAGAAGUUUAUGAUAUCCAAUCCAUCCAAGACCUCCUAUGAACCCAUUACCACCACUCUCCGGCGCAAGCAGGAGGAGGUCUCGGCCACCAUGAUCCAGCGGGCAUACAGGAGACACCUAGUCAGGCAGCAGAUAAAGAACGUUUCUUAUCUGUACCAACAAAUAAACCAAGAGGCAUCAGUGGACGUGGCGCAUGUGCAAGAAAAACAGGGCCUCAUUGCACAUUUGAUUAAGGAGCAUUAUGACAAUGAGGAGGAGCUGGUUGAGGGGUCUCAGCACUCCUCCCCUCCUUCCUAUGAGGCUGUCACCAUGUCUCCAACUGGAUCAUUCCAGGUGCUGAUGCCUGCCUCCAGGAACCUUGUAGAUUGUGAUUCUUGCAACACUGAAGAAACCUGUCUGUAAGUACUACUUAUUAUAUCAGGAAGAUCAGAGUGUAAAGUGCAUGGUAUGCUGGGACAUGCAAAGGCAUAUAGACAGAGCUACAGUGGACUCUUCAGCACACGGAUACAUUUGCUGAUUCAUAUGAUGCUCAAACCAUGUACAAGCCAUAAUGUAUUACAGAGUUAUUGUUACUUCACUACUGACAGCCAGAAAGUCAGUGAGGUAGAUAUCCUCAAGCAGCAGACAGAGGAGUUCCUGGCUAAUCCCUACUAUGUUAGAAGUACAUUUUGUUGAAUGGUAGAUCGUUAGGAACAGGUUUGAUGAUCACUGGACAAAGCACAUUCACUAUAUCAGUGAAUUGAUGAAGACUAAGGCCAGAAAAUAUUCAUUAUAUACGCAAUGGCUUUUUGGGAGAUAGUAUUUACCUUGCAGUAAGGUAAAUACUGUCUACCGCACGUGAAUACGUGUUGUCGAAUUGACAAUAUUGAUCAAGGUUUGACAUUUUUCCACUAUUUUUUAGCAAUGAUCUCAAAUAUUUUUCUACC